GGAUAAACUCUGACUCUGAUCUCCUCUGUUCCAAUAUUGUCCUCAUCGGUUUCAAGUUUUACUUUUAACCCUUUUAUGCCUCGUGCUUCCCAUUCAAUAUGGUGUGUAUAUAAAUACACACCUCUUUUAGCUAUCGACGUUGGGACAUCUUCUUCUUGUAGAUCGUUUCUGAUUUGACCAUUCCCUGCACAAAAACAUGGGGAAGAAUUUGGCCAUCUUGUGUUUCGUCCUCAUUGCUUUUGGGCUUGUUGACGUUUCGCUGGCGCAUAAAGGAAUUGGGUUUUAUGAGCUCAAGAAAGGGGAUUUCUCUGUGAAUUUCACCAACUUGGGGGCAACCGUUGUGUCCCUUGUUCUUCCUGACAAGCAUGGAAAGUUGGCAGAUGUUGUCCUUGGGUAUGAUACACUUGAGCAGUACAAGAAUAACACCGUAUACUUUGGGGCACUUGUGGGGCGGGUCGCUAAUAGGAUUGGAGGCGCACAAUUCACUCUGAAUGGAACCCAUUAUAAACUAGUUGCUAAUGAAGGAAAGAACAUUCUUCAUGGCGGGCCGAAAGGAUUCAGUACAGUUGUUUGGAAGGUGCUGCAUUAUCAGAAUAAAGGUCGCACUCCUUACAUCACCUUCGGAUAUCACAGCCGCGAUGGUGAAGAAGGAUUUCCUGGUGAACUUCAUGUCACUGUGACCUACAUGAUCUCUGGGAAGAGGGAAUUUAACGUAGUAAUGAAAGCUCUUGCUUUAAACAAGGCCACUCCUGUAAACUUAGCCCAGCACACCUACUGGAACCUUGGUGGCCACAACAGUGGCAACAUCCUGUCCAAUAAGGUCCAAAUUUUCGGGUCUAAGAUAACACCUGUCGAUAAGGAGCUUAUCCCCACUGGCAAAAUCGUAUCUGUGAAGGGAACACCGUAUGAUUUCCUUAAACCCAACACCGUUGGAAGCAGAAUCAAGAAGCUGCCCAAGGGUUAUGAUAUCAACUACGCGCUUGAUGGCUACAAGACGGGCCACAAGUUGAGAAAGACAGCUGUGGUUCACCACAAGAAGUCUGGAAGAGUGCUGGAGCUGUUCACAAAUCAACCUGGUUUGCAGUUCUAUACUGGCAACUUGUUGAAAGAUGUAAAGGGCAAAGAUGGCGCUAUAUAUAAGGCCCAUGCAGGCCUGUGUUUGGAGACUCAAGGGUUUCCGGAUUCUGUCAACCACCCCAAUUUCCCUUCUCAGAUUGUGCUUCCAGGAAAGCCUUACCAUCACUUCAUGCAUAUCAGAUUUUCAACAAAAAAGGCGGCAUAGAAUGCAAGAAUUGACUUGUGUGUUUUCAAGCUGUUUUGGUAUCUGCUGGCAUGGAAUAUUGGAAUGUGUAAGAAUGUGAAAAUAAGUACAAAAGAGAUUUUAGUCGAAACACAAAUCCAGUUAGGCUGAGGCAUACAAAUCUUGUUCUCUUUAAAAAAAAUUCAAGUUCUCAGUUCAUGAGUGCGUGGAGCAUAGCACUUCCUGAUGACAUGUCUCUCCUAAAACAGAACUACCCAAGUUGUGUAGUGUGGCUUGCGCACAUUCUGCACAAAAGGAAGAGGGCAAAGCUCCAAUAAAAAAGAAGCAUUUUUCUUUGGAAGCCAAACUUUGUUAGGUGUUUUAAAUUAUUUGGAGAUUUUUUUUACAUUUGGAAUAAAGCGAAAAUUGUUAUGACAA